AAAAACAAAAUGGGGACAUAGGCCAUAUGUGUGAAACCCUGUCACACGCAGGCGCCAAACAUCAGAAAAGCUCCUUCUUCUUAUUCGCUUGACUUCCUAUAUUAAGACCUUCUAACUGUAAAACAGUGCCCAUCUCUCUGCUAUACAUACAAACCCACUACCACUUAUUACCAUAUCAAUAACCUUCCCAAAUUUCUCUCUCUCCUCUCUUUUCUCUCUCUCUCUACUGUGAAUUUUCUUCUUCUUCUUCCUCCUCCUCCAAUGGAUCUUCCCACAUCAGAACUAUCUCCUUCCGAAACUUCAACAAUCAUCUCAACUUCAGAGUCAUCUCCCCCAUGUCCAAAACCGCCCCCUGAAAAUGGAGAUCCAAAAGCUGACCAAUUAAACCCCAAUUCCGAACUGGGGUUGGACCUCAGCCUCUGCAACGACGAUUCUCAUCAUGGGUCGAACCCAGAACUCAAUUUAAUCGACUGCUUCCAUUCGAAUUUGGCGGAAUCCGCCGCCGCUGGCGAGACAGAGCCGAGGGUUUUCUCCUGCAACUAUUGCCAGAGGAAAUUUUACAGCUCUCAGGCUCUUGGGGGCCACCAGAAUGCCCACAAGCGAGAGCGGACACUCGCCAAAAGGACCCAAAGGGUCGGGUCGGGCUCCAAUUUCGGGCUCGCGCAUCGGUAUUCGAGUAUGGCUUCUCUGCCUCUACACGGCUCCUUCAGCAGGUCGCUUGGAAUUCAGGCUCAUUCCAUGAUUCACAAGCCUUCUUUUGAUGUUUCUGGAAUUGGGUCGUCGGGAAUUUACGGGCACGGCAGCGGGUGGGCGCGGCAGCCGCUCGGUCAGCAGCCGGCGAUUGGGCGGCUGGUGCAGCAGGGGAUUUCCCACGUCGGAGGUCUCAGAGGCAUUUCGUCGAACACUGGAGCUGCACGCUUCGAGGGUGUGAAGAAAUUCUCCCCGCCGACGCCGAUGCCGACACCGCCGACGCAGCAGGUCGGAGAGUUCUGGUGGGACGGCGGCGGCGGCGGUUUCAGCCAUUUGAAGGUGAAGGCUAAACAAGAAGAGUUGUUGAAGCUUGACCUGUCUCUUAAGCUCUAAUCAGAAAGGGAACUUUCUUUCUUUCUUUCUCCUUCCAAAUUUUUUUUUUCCAUUUUUGAAAUUUCAUGUUUUUUGCUAAGAUGGGAAUUGAUUUAGAUCUUUUUCUUUUCCUUUCUUUUUCCCCUUUCUGUUUCCAAUACUUGAGAAGAUUGUCUCUGUAAAUAAUCCAUUUUGGCAACAGAAACAAAAGCAGACCUCUUGAGAGGAUAAUCCUUAAAAAA